CGCGCUGGAGGCAGUACAGUAACAUGAACCAGGAAGUAUUGUGUUAAAACGCUCUUCUGGAUAUUUGUAACACACAACAAUGGGCUGACUAGAGAAAUGUUAUACUGAAAAAUGGAGAAGUAUUUUGCGCUGUGCCUUUUACUUUAUGGCAUCGCUGGCUGUUUAUCUGACGACAUCACUUACGUCAACGGGUUUUAUUCUAAAACGGCUCAGAAGUUGUCCAAAUACAGCUGGUUCGGAAAUGUUCGGCUCCAUCACUUCAGGGUCCCGGAGGAUACUGUGCUCGUGCGGUGGCUGCUCACGGUCACGAGGGGGUCCGCGAUGAACUGCGGCAACCAGAACAUUACUGUGCACUUUAGGUCAGGAGCGCCACCGGUCAUCAACCCCAUCAACACAGAGUUCCCGAACUCAACGUCAGUCACUCUUGCCCACAACAUAACACUGCUGGUUCCGAGUGGACAGGGCAGUAAUGUAACACUGUUCAAUGUGACCCACCCCAAACCUGGCGACUGGUUCAUGGCCGCUCACAUGCCCAAGGAUGACGGCAAGAUAGAGCAGCAGGGAUUGCCGUCUUGCUCGUAUUUGUUUCAGCCGCAGAUGUUUGUGAGAAGAGCGGCGGACCUGCCAGUCCUGACUCACGACAUUCCACUUCAUCAAACGCUAACAGCCAAGGAAGCAUCAGCUCUCUUUAAAGUAUUCGUCCCAGAGCUCUCCUCCAGACUGGAUGUUUUCAUCCAAAACAUCUCUUGGAAGGGAAAUUCUGCGGUGCUCUCCAUCACCCUCGGCGUCAGCACUUUAUGGCCCGGAUCUCUAGUGACAGUGAACUGUUCACAGUUAGAGCCCUGCUCUGCGUCGCUCUCCACCCCUCCGUGGAACACCUGGGUGCUAGUUACGAUCGAGACCGGUCAACCUAACACCACAGUGGAUUUCAACAUCUCCGCCAAUGUCACAGUGGGGUGUAAACCUUUAAGCGUCUCUUCGAAUUUCCACACCUCAGCAUUCAUUUUCCCCCAAAGCAACAGCUCUGUUGCCACCGGCAACGAAUCUCUUUCUGUGACGAACCAGCAGAGACUGGGUGGUAACAGUUCCGAGCCUGUGUGCAUGAGGACCCCGACUGUAUUCAGAGACGAACAGGAUGUGCUUUCACUACGCUUCAUUGUAUCCAGCAACCUGAAUGUGACCUCUGACCUCCCGACCGUGCUCACUCUGGAUCUAGACUCUACCGCUGACAGUGGGGGUACAUUUGUCGUACAGCUCCUUUUGAACACUAGUGCUCUGGUUGGUGGAUUUGGAAGCGUCAAAGCAUGCCUCACCCCUGCAGCUCCCGUAAUAAACGUCAACACUAGCAAACAAUGCUAUACAGCGUUCACAAAGGGAUAUUCUCUGAGCGUGAGCAAAAAUGAAUCACGUGUGCUGUUGAGGAUUCCUUUUCCAGAGGCAGCGAUGUGGUACCUCAGCCUGCAGACGCUCUGCAAUGACAGUGUUGAUUGCAAAAAUACAUCAGCCAUAGUCAGUGUAUCUGUGAGUGUCACCGCUUGCAUCGAGGACUGCGGGCCGUACGGAGAGUGCAGACUGCUGCGCACAAACGGCUACCUCUAUGCCGCGUGUGUGUGCAAAGCUGGUUGGCAGGGAUGGGGCUGUACGGAUGGCUCGACUGCACAGUCGUUCUCUCGUCAGAUGGCUGCAGCUCUGCUCCUCACCCUCAGUAACCUCUUCUUCAUUCCACCCAUCAUUGUGGCGCUUUAUAGAGGCUAUCACACAGAGGCGGCUGUAUACUUCUUUACCAUGUUCUUCUCAACGUUUUAUCAUGCAUGUGACCAGCCCGGUGUGACCGUCAUGUGUAUCAUGGACUACGACACUCUCCAGUUCUGUGACUUCCUGGGUUCUGUGGUAUCAGUGUGGGUCACCAUCCUGUGCAUGGCACGACUCCUGGAGCCGGUCAAAUAUAUGUUGUUUAUGGGGGGCACUCUUGUCAUUUCCAUGGUGAUGCAGUUGGAUCGCAGGGGGCUGUGGAACCUUUUAGGCCCCGUCAUCUUUUCGUUGGUCAUUAUGGUCACUGCCUGGACCUAUCGAAGUGUGAAACGUCACCACUGUUACCCUCCGUCAUGGCGUCGCUGGGUCUUGUUCUUGCUGCCGGGCAUCGUGUCUGCAGUUAUCGGAGUGUGCGUGUACGUCUUCGCACAGACCGACAUUAACUACUUCUACACUCACUCCAUAUGGCACAUGAUGGUAGCGACAAGCGUGGUCUUCCUCCUGCCACCCCGCGAAAAACACAUCCCACCCUGGGGCUGGACACACAAAAUCUGCGGGUAUAAGUUAUGUAAAAAUGAGAAAGAAGAAUUUUACACUGUCAGUGGAACGUAAUAUUUGCACAAACCUCAGUGGAUGGCCAUGUUACAUUGCUGUUUUAGCUUUAAGAGUUGAGUGAAGCUUUAACCGGAAUAUUGUGUGUCACAAUAGCCAUCUUUUAUUUGAAAGGUGAACAGUGAAUGUCAAUGAAUGAUUCUGUUAACUCCGUUAAGCACUUUUUUAAUAUGAAGACAAUCACUUUGUAAGAGAAAGUGAGUGAACCAGAAAGCCGUCUUGCUUGUGGACAAAAAUGACUUUGUUGUUAUACAUUUUUAAUUAGCACUUUCUUCAUUUGAGACUACUUAGUAAGAUUUGAUUUGUUGGGUAUUAUACACCGUUCUUAUGAACUAUCCUUAUGUUUGCCUGUGUCAAAGCAGUUCCUUUAUUUUAUUUAAUUAGCCAGACUUGUUUCACAAGUUUAUUUAAACCACUAUCAGGAACGUUUUCACAGGAAUGUUUAAAUACCUCCCAAUUUUGUCUUCAUCAUACACUUUGAAUGCCUUGAUAGCUUCCUUGAAAUGUUGUUCUAACUAUUUAAGUUGAAACACUUAUUGGUUACAGUAUGUAUUUUCUUUGGAAGGUCAUACUGAUGUAUUUACACUGGAUGUCCGUAUUGUUCGAGGCUUUAUGUAGAAAGGGAUCUACUGUACUUCUUAACCUCAGGCUGUUUUCAUAAAGACAUUUGUGAAAUUGUCUUGAAUUUCAUUUGUCAUGACAGUUUUCUAUUUGUGGGCUUGUCUAUUGUUUUUCCUAGUGUUGUUAAAUGUAAAUUAGGGUUGACAUAUGAUUUGUUUUACAUAAAUGAUUUUGUAUAUAAUUUUGUAUUUGAAUCAUGGAAAAUUAAAAAAAGAUUAUGAUUUAUGUUAA